AUGGAUCUGGGAGAGGUGGUGCGGCAGGAAGUACUGCACGACGAGCAGGAGCAGGGCACCUCAACCACAGACACCUUCAUGGCACACAGAGGCCGGCUGAUGCAACCUCUGGCGGGGAGGCUGCGCCACCGUCCUGUUGAAGGGCUACUGACUCAAUCUGGCACCACAGCGCGCCACCGGCCCCGUAGGCGCGCACUGUUGCGCUGGUUUGCUAUCACAAGUGUUCCCAACACCCCCCGCCAUUGGAUAGGUCCCCAGAGCCACACCUGGUGGGAUGUGCUUGUAAUGACAGUCUGGACAGAUGAGGACUGGGUGCGACACUUCAGGAUGGCCAAGGCAACAGCCAUUUACCUCGCAGAUGCCCUGCGUCCACACUUGGAACGACAAGACACCAAUAUGCGUCCUGCCAUUCCCAUGCUAAAGCGCGUGGCCAUGGCCUUGUUUUACCUAGCAAGUGCCAACAGCUAUCGUGAAGUGGGCCAGCAGUUUGGAGUUGGACUGGCCACUGUGGCGGACAGUGUCCUGGAGUUUGCCAUGGCUGUGGAAGUGCACCUAUACCCAAGACUGGUGCGAUGUCAGAGGCCGAUGGACCAGGUGAUGGCUGGUUUUGCUGCCCUUGGCUUUCCACACUGCAUCGGGGCCGUGGAUGGCUGUCACAUCCGGAUCUGUCACCCAGGUGGAGCACCGGGUCAGCUCAUUAAUCGGAAAAACUUUUCCUCCAAGCUCCUGCUGGCAACCUGCGACGACACGGGACUGUUUAUCAAUGCUGAAACUGGCUACUCUGGACGCAACAAUGAUGCAUUUGUGUUUCGUGAAACGCACUUCUGUCAAGCCAUGGACAUGGGCAUCUACUUGCCUGAAAGCCCCAUGCUGACAAUCAACGGCGUGUCCAUACCCCCUGUGGUAUUGGGGGAUGGUGCUUUCCCCACGCGCAAGUGGCUGCUCACACCUUACCGGGUUCCUUCCAACGCGCAACAGCGAAACUUCAACUCACUUCUGUCCCACGCAAGAAACGUGGUGGAGCGUGCGUUUGGCCGCCUGAAGGCACGGUGGAGAUGCAUUCUCAACUGUCUGUGGGUCAGACCCGAGAAUGCCACCUCAAUUGUGGCGGCGUGCGUGGUGCUGCACAACCUGUGUGAGAGCCGUGGCCACAGAGCUCCAGAUCUCCCCCCCCCCAAUGAGCAGGUUGCUCAAUUCCUAGCCGAAGAAGAAGCACACCAGCAGGAAGAAGCCGCAGAUCCUCCACGUGGGCAGCCAUACAACCCCCAGGAUGAUACGCACAGGCGAGAGGGGCAGGCCGUCAGAGAGGCCCUAGCUGGGUAUCUAUUCAGAGCUGGCCCACGGCGCCGUAGGGGGAGGGUGACGGUUGGGCCAUGA